AUGGCUCUUUUUUCAGCUCUUGGUGCCGUGAUUCUUCUUGGUUUGACAAGUGUGUCAUCCGCUCAAGACAUUGAUCUCGCCGACCUAUUCGCGUCUGGCGGGUCCCCAACCGGUAUGCUCUUCGAAUUGCUUGGCGAUGGGGACAACUACCGACUACGCGAUGUUCUGCAGCAAAUCCCUGGAGCGAUGUUGACGCAGUCGGACGAGCUCAAGCAGAGCAGCGCUAGUGUUGCUGAGACUGCGGGCUUCGACUGUAAUCUCACCGGCGUUGACCCCGCAUGCUUCCUGGAGGAGUUUGCUGGUCGGCUUGGAGCUCCUUGGAAGACGAGUGAAAUCGACGCCCAGAAAGCUGCGGAUCUGGUGUCGCGCUUUCUUCAGCCUCAUGGCCUCACGAUGUCUGGAGCCGUAGCAGUAUGCAUUAUUGCACCUGCCGCAAUGCCCUUUUUGGUUGACACUGAGACUUCGGAGCUGUCCACGGCCAGCGUCAUCAAUGAGACAAAGGCGGCGUGCAGGAAAUCAGUUUGA